AUGACUGCAUACGAUACGGGCACACGGCAGUCCAUCGGGCCCGCCGACGCCUCUCAUGAUGCCGUCCGGGACAUCGAGAAGUCGGGCGGCGACGACCACCACCACCACGACAAGACCGCCAUCCUGGAGCCCCAGCUCGGCGUCGGCGGUCAUGGCCGUACCCAGCGCCGUCUGCGGGACUACCAGGUCACCAUGAUCGGCUUCUGCAGUGGUAUCGGGACCGGCCUCUUCAUCGGCGCGGGCUCGGCCUACGCCAAAGCCGGCCCCGCCGGCUUGCUGCUCGCAUACAUCGUCGUCGGCGCCAUUCUCUGGUGCGUCAUGCAGAGCAUCGGGGAGUUGGCGACUCUGAUUCCCACUGCCGGAUCUUUCCCUCACUGGGCCACCCGCUUCGUCGACCCCGCCGUCGGGUUCUCCCUCGCCAUCUCCUAUGGGUACUGUUAUACUAUAUCGAUCGGAGCCGAAGCGUCCGCGGCCGCCAUUCUCGUGUCGUACUGGACGGACGUCACCCCCGCCGUCGUCAUCACCGUCUCGCUCCUCCUGAUCCUCGCCUGCAACCUCCUCAGCGUGCGCUGGUACGGCGAGACCGAGGUCGUCGGCGGGUCCGUCAAGGUCCUCUGCUUCGUCGGCCUCGUCUUCGUCUCGAUCGUCAUCACCGCCGGCGGCGGGCCCAACCACGAGGCCAUCGGUUUCCGCUACUGGAAUCACCCGGGCGCCUUUGUCGAGUACAACGGCGUCGGCGGCUCGGCCGGCCACUUCCUUGGUUUCCUCGCCGCCUUCGUCAACGCCUCCUUCUCCUUCAUCGGCGUCGAGACCGUCGUCAUCAGCGCCGCCGAGUCCAUAAACCCCCACAAGGCCAUCCCCAACGCCGCCCGCCGCGUGACGUGGCGCAUCGGCCUGUUCUACGUCCUCGGCGCCCUCCUUAUCGGCCUCAUCGUCGACCCGCGCGAGCAGGGCCUGGUCUCCGACACCGGGAACGCCAACAGCUCGCCGUGGGUCAUCGCCAUCCGCCAGGCUGGGAUCAACAUCCUGCCCUCGAUCGUCAACGCGUGCAUCCUCGUCUCCGCGUGGUCCGCCGGCAACUCGUACUGCUGGGUCGGCUCGCGCAUGAUCGUGGCCAUGACCACGGACAGACAGCUGCCGCAGUUCUUUGGCCGCACCACCAAGUCCGGUGUCCCCUAUGUCGCCGUCAUCACUGCCUGGCUCUUUGGCCCUUUGGCGUAUCUGAGUCUCGGCUCCGGGGGUGCUGCGGAUGCCUUCCAGUGGCUCCUGAGCCUGAGCACCGUGGCCGGCUUGAUCGCGUGGGCGACGCUCUGUUUCUGCUACAUCCGUUUCCAUCGCGCCAUGGAGGUCCAAGGCGUCAGCCGCGACACCCUGCCCUGGAAAGCACCCUUCCAGCCGUACACCGCCUGGUUCGGCUUCAUCGGGUCGACCAUCAUCACCUUUGUUGCCGGGUUCUCCGUCUUCCUUGCGGGCAACUGGUCGACCGCGGACUUCGUCGCCUCGUACAUCGGUAUCCCAAUCUUCAUCGUGCCCAUCGUCGCCUGGAAGCUGUACCACAAGACCAAGUUUGUUCGCGCGCACGAGAUUGACCUUUGGUCUGGGCGCCUUCACGAAUCGGAAUACGUUCCCGAAAAGCCCAAAGCGACAACAUUCAAGGGUCGUGUCAAGGAUUGGUUCUCCUGA